AGAGGCAGAAGUAAAAAAAGAAAAAAAGAUAAAGCAAGUAAAUCUCAAGAGAAAAUGCUUGCUGUAAAUACUAACUACGCGAGACAGUAGGACAGCCCACUGGCCCCCCUCUCACUAAUCAAAGCUUGAUUCUAGCUAGGCCUCCAGGCUCCAAGUCACCCAGCAAAUUAGCAAAAGACUGGAACAGGUCCACUUAAAUGGGAUCCGGCCAGGGGCUAUAACUUCUCCAAUUGCUUUCAUGGGCCAGAAGGACGACGUGAGCUGGUGUCGAGUGCUGGUCUGGUGUUUUGGGCUUCAAACGCAUAUUGAAUCAAGCACAUGAUAAAUUGAAGCACAAGUGCGUUUCCUUCGUCUUCUUCGACCAAAUUCAACCCAUAAACUUUACAGCCGUACAUCUAAAAUAUUAUCGAUUGUACUUUCAACCCACAUCAUAAAAUUUCGAGCUUCAUUAAAUAGGUUUGCCUUUCGCAUUUAUUGACAUUUUGAUGGUCACACUACACUACAUGGCAUGAAAAUAUCACACUAAUUAUGUGCAACAAAACUGUUUAGUUCCACUAUCUCAAAUAAAGAAAAAAUAUUUAGCGUGUGGCAUUCCUUUCCAAACGCACAUUUUCCCCUCAUUAAAUCCCAAAACGACCUCGUUUCACUCUCACCCGUUUCCCCAUUCCCUCUUUUUUUUUUUGGGCCAGACCAGCCCCUCGUUUACAAUCACAAAAGAGGGAAAAUGAAGUAACAAAGUUUAUUAAAAAUGAGCCAAACAUGGCUCAUCACGAAAUUAUUACGACUGCUAUUAGAUUUUGAAAAACUCAAGCUUUUAGAUUUGGACUUUUUGAGAUAGUUUUUUUUUAUUUCAUUUUUAAAAUUUUUGUGGGUGAUGGGGGAGCAGAAGAGUAACAACAAUAACCGGUGGAACUGGGAGGUGAGUGGCUUCAAACCUCGGCGGUCGUCGCCGUCGUCACAGGAGGAGCAGCAUAGGGCCAGUGCUGCGCCGUUUAUGCGACGUUACUCGAUCUCGGCUGUGUCUUCGGAGUCGCGGUAUUGUUUGGAGUUUUCUGAGCAGGCUUUGGCUUCUGAGGUGCAGCGUUUGAAGGAUAAAGUUAAGAUAAGGAGGAAAAUCGGUUUCGGAUUGUGAAGUUUUCGAGUAAUUAGUGGCGGUUUUGAGUUAAUUAACUGCAAUGUGUUUCGAUGGAGUUGAAGAAGUCGCUUUAGUUAAUAACAAUAAGAUUUUAACUGAGCUCCGUUUUUCAUGAAUUAACAUGCAAUC